AUGAGUGGGGUACUGCAUGUGGUGGAAGAAAUACCUGAAGAUAACGAAAUGCCUCUUAAUUCAAAAUCUUCACAGACCGAAAAGUGUUUAACCAGGAACAGAAAGGUUCAAGUUUCCGUCGGCGUAGAAACAAAAUCCGUCAAAACCCAAACAUACUUGGAUACAAAUAGUGAAUUAUGGUCAAAAGUAGCGUUUAUCCAACAUGUGGAUGAAACUUCCAACAACGAGACAAAAGAACCCAUGUAUAAAACUCCCCCUGAACCCGAGAUAGCUGACAAUAUUACUGAAGCUGAUAUCAAGACCUAUGUAAUGGAGAAGCAUACACCUGUAAUCUCAGAUUGCCCGCGUAAAGAUUCAAACAAGUGUGAUAAAUUGAACAUUUACAAUGACGUCCGUCGAUAUAACAGCGCUGUUAACACAGAAGAUGAAAAUUCGGAAGACGAUUACAAACCAUGUGAUGAUGAAGAUGUAGAAAAUAAUGCGCUAAAGGGAGUAAAGGCUGCAAGAAUUUUAUCAAAAACAAAGAGUCCCGAAAAACAAUUGAAAUUUAUCGUGUUCAAAGAAGCACUGGUGGAAGCGUUUCAAUCUUGUGCUAUUUGUGGUGCAAAUUGUGUCGUUACGACAAACGGAAUAUAUGAUGGGACGUAUUGCAAAUUUGACAUUUUAUGCGCAAAUUACGCUAAUCAUAGAUUCUCAUGGUCGACUGGACCUCUACAUUAUCAUAUGCCGAUUCUAAAUUUACUGAUGUCUUCUGCCACUAUGUGUGGAGGCAUGCACCCAAAUAAGGUCAUUUGAUUUUUCCAAUCACUCAACAUUCCUUUCAUGAAACAGCGAGAAUAUUCAAAUUUGCUGGGUGCUUAUGUCAUCCCCGCAGUAUACAAUGUUUGGGAAGCGCAUCAAAAGGAAAUAGUUGGGAAGCUUUCUGGUAAGACAGCCACUAUAGCUUCAGAUAUGUGCGUUGACAGCCCAUGCCACUAUGGGCUGUUAGGAGCUGGAAGUUCCCUAGAUGUUGAAAGAAACCUGGUCCUCGACACACAAAUAAUUCAGGUAAAAUUAUUUUGUUCUCUCUAAUGCAGCAGCAUCUCAACACCUAUGCAAAUUGCGUAAUUUUAAAUAAUAUUUUUAAUUGUUUUAAAAUAGAGCACCGAAGUUGAUAACUCAAACACGAUGGCGCUGGAAGCACUAAGACGGCAGAUUGCUUUCCUUGAAAAGAAAGAUGUCAAAAUUGGUAAAUUAGUGACAGAUCGACAUAAUCAAGUUACUUCUUAUUUACAGUCGGAAAAGCCUGGAAUCACGCAUUGUUACGACGUUUGGCACAUUGCUAAAGGUGAACUCCCUAUCACUGUCAUGACUACAAAUAUUUGUAAAUGACCCUAUAUUACUGCAAAAAAUUACAACUAUUAAGUAAAUUUUAAACAGGAGAAAAAAAGAAGCUACUGAAAAUUUGUAAGACCAAAAAGUAUAAGUCAAUCAAGGAAUGGAUUGGGGUAUGUACAUUUAUGAAAAAUUAAAUGAAUAACAGUGAACCAGGGUGUGCUAUAUUAUAUAAAAUACUAAUCUGUUUUCAUUAAAAUAUAGUUUCUAUUGAUUUAUAGUCAAUUAUAAACCACUUGUAUUGGGUGGCAAAUUCAAGUGCAUCUCCCUUGGAAAGAGAGGAAAAAUGGGUUAGCAUCACCAACCAUAUUGCUGAUGUCCACGUACAUCAAGGAUAUAAAGUUUUUUUGAAAUGCUGUCAUGAAGGCAUUGAAAGAAGAUGGUUGGAAAAGGGUAAUAAGUAA